AUGACGACAGUAGCUAAACUCCACAAAGAAGAAUUUAACAUAAUUGAAAUAAUGAACGGCAUGAACGUCCUAACACAGGGAAGCCCUAUCAAGAAAAAAACUGACGAAGAAAAAUCUACCUCCCUUAUCAAAAUAAAUGAAAUUGAUCCUCGGGACGUUGGCACACCUGAUGAAUGGAUUCCACGGCAACAGAGUUUGAUAAGGUUGACUGGAAAGCAUCCGUUUAAUUGUGAGCCGCCAUUAUCAACGUUGAUGGAACAAGGGUUCAUAACGCCAAACGCAUUGCAUUAUGUGAGAAAUCAUGGUCCUGUGCCGAAACUCAGCUGGGAGACCCAUCGUUUGGUUGUUGAAGGCCUAGUCUCGAAACAAAUAUCCCUAACAAUGGACGAAAUCGUUCGUCUUCCAUCCCGCGAAAUUCCAGUCACCCUCGUCUGCGCCGGCAAUCGUCGCAAAGAGCAAAACAUGAUCAAACAAACCAUUGGUUUCAAUUGGGGCGCCGCCGCAGUAAGCACCGCAGUCUGGAAAGGAGUUCCUUUGCGCCACGUGUUGCAAGCGGCUGGUGUUGAUCUCGAUAAUGACGAGCCACGGUUCGUUUGGUUUCAUGGUUGUGAUAAGUUACCUAACGGAUAUUACGGCACGAGUGUUAGCCUCGAUUGGGCCAUGAACGAUGCGAGCGAUAUUUUAUUGGCAUACGAGAUGAACGGGGAGCGGUUGCCACCUGAUCACGGCUUCCCCUUACGGGUCAUCAUUCCCGGAUGUAUCGGCGGAAGAAUGGUGAAGUGGCUUGCAAAGAUCACUGUAGCGGAUAGAGAAUCCGAUAGUUAUUACCACUACCAUGACAAUCGCGUACUUCCACCACACGUCGAUAGCGAACGCGCAAACAAAGAAAAAUGGUGGUACAUACCUGACUACAUCAUCAACGAACUCAACAUCAACUCUGCCAUCACUUCACCUGCUCAUGAUGAACGGAUUCCACUCUCGAGCUUCGUGAGCACGUCAUACUAUACCUUGAAAGGAUACGCAUAUAGCGGAGGUGGAAGAAAAGUCACCCGUGUUGAAGUUUCAAUUGAUAAUGGAAAGACCUGGAUUCUAACGGAGUUAACGUACCCGGAAAUUACACACCCAUUGGUGAUGGCGCGAAAGAAUAAACCACUGAGACGGCAUUGGUGCUGGAUUUUUUGGGAAUUGUCAGUGCCAAUCUUGUCAUUGAUUCGGUGUACAGAGAUUUUGGUUCGUGCUUGGGAUGCGUCACAAAAUACGCAACCUCAAGAUCCAACUUGGAACGUUAUGGGGAUGAUGAAUAAUUGCUACUUUAGGGUAAAGAUUCACACUGUUAUGGAGGGGAAGGAAUUCGCGUUAAAGUUUGAGCAUCCUACUCAGCCGGGUAAUACACCUGGUGGGUGGAUGUUUAGGAAUAAUAUGAAGCAGGAAAUCUCUGAAGCGAUUAAUAUUCCACCAAAAAGUAAAGGGGCCGUCAACAACUGCAAAACGUAUACCAUGGCCCAAGUCGCAAAACACGACAACGAAAAUGAUUGUUGGAUUGUAAUCGACAGCAAAGUCUACGACUGUACAAAAUUCCUCGACCAACACCCCGGCGGCGCCGAUAGUAUUACCAUCAACGCUGGCACAGACUGUUCAGAUGAGUUUAAUGCUAUCCACUCGUCUAAGGCACGUAAAAUGUUGGAAGAUUAUUACAUCGGUGACCUUGACGAAUUGGAAUCCGCCCCUGCUCCUAACUUGAUCGCAUUAAAUCCCAAAGUCUGGCUUUCCUGCCAGUUAAUUUCAAAAAAAAUUCUCAGCGAUGACACCCGCAUAUUCCGUUUCUCCCUUCCCUCUGAAAAACAUUACCUCGGUCUCCCACCUGGUAACCACAUCUUCCUUCGCGCAGCAAUAGAAGAGAAAAGCAUCAUCCGCGCAUACACACCCGUAACAUGUUCAGACGAAACUCCAGGCUAUUUUGAAUUGUUAAUUAAAGUAUAUUUUAAGAACGUUCAUCCGAGGUUCCCGAACGGGGGUCUUAUGACACAACAUUUAGAGGGUCUUGCAAUCGGGGACGAUAUCGAAGUUAAGGGACCGUUUGGAUCGUUUGUAUAUCUUGGCCGAGGGCAAUAUCAAAUAAAGUCAGGUGUUGCUACAUCUAAACGGUCAUGUUCUAAAAUAGGAUUGAUUGCUGGUGGGUCCGGGAUUACUCCAGUGUACCAAGUAAUCAAGACUGUCCUUAGUGAUCCCGAGGACAAAACAGAGCUCUUCCUCCUCUUUGCAAAUCAAACGGAAAAAGAUAUAUUACUCAGGCAAGAACUCGAUAAUCUUGCGUCUAAGCAUCCGAAUUUCAAAGUCUGGUACACGGUCGAUCGUCCACCCAAAGAUUGGAAGUAUAGCUCUGGGCAUAUUAACGAGGAGAUGCUUAGAGAGCAUCUUCCGGGUCCAUUGCCCAAGGAACAGACCAUUACUUUAAUGUGUGGACCUCCACCUAUGAUGGAUUAUGCCUGUAUUCCGAAUUUGGUGAAGAUUGGAUUUUCUGAGCGUGAAUAUUUUAAAUUUUAG